AUGACAAAAGCCUGGGCGGACAACAAGGAGACGAUACUGGGAUACUACCAGGUCAACAAGUACCCGCUCAACCAAGUCAUGGUUCUCAUGGCCACUGAUCACGGGUUUCACGCGUCGUAUGUUUCCACACUUCUUGCAGUAUUACAGCGGGCGUACCGUCAGCAGUUCCGCCUCUGGGGCAUUAAAAAAUACAACCGCAAGGAACGGCCAGUGUCUCGCAGUGGGCGAUAUUCAGAGCCCAGUGAAGGGACACGACCUUCGUCGUCAUCAACCAUCGCCUACUCUCCUUUAUCACAGGGCACUCCCCGGUCGGUCCACGCACAUGUGAAGCGCCAAGACGGAAUCAGCAGCCUGCAGACUAUGCCAUCUCCCUAUUCGGAAAUGGCAUCGUCAUACUCGGCGCCGACUCCAAACACAGGCUUUCACAAUGACGGAUCUGUUUCGAACCCUGCACGGCAAAGCAGUGCGAUUCAAGCCGCCGUGGGCAGAGAGUCACCGUCUUCUUUUCUUUUUCUGCCGACGUCUGAUACCGGCACGAAUAUGAAGCCGGCGGUGCCGUGGCAACAGUCAAAUGGUGCCAGGAAGCAGCAAGACGAGCCGAACGACUACAAACUGCCGUGCCCAUGUCCGACAGCUCUUGGCUCUUCCAAUGCCUGGACCAAUUCCCAGGCCCAUCAUGACCCGUAUCCACCAGUCAAGGGUCUCAUCAGGCCUUCGUUGCCGCUGGGCGACCUGCCCCCCAAGUAUCAGCAUUCGGAAAAGCAGUUUUGGGACAUGAACCACAAGUCCCGCGAACUGGACGGGAGACCGCGGGCCUUGGCUGCCUCGGAGCAUGUGUCUGUGACGCCGUAUGAGACCCGGCGGUACCAUUUGAUCUCCUCGCCGCCGCACUCUCAGGGCCAGCCGCCGUCGCCGAGGACCGCAAAGGCCAUGUUCGAACAGCAUCCGGUGCCAAGAACCGUACCACUGUCACCAGUAUCGCUCCCUGAAAUUAUUGUCCAGCCUUGCCUGCAGCGGCAGGACCACAGCUCUUCAUACCAUGCAAACGCUUUACCAGGUGCAAUGGAUUUUAUGCGGACAUACGAUUCGGCGUACUCUGCGCGCGAGGGCCUAUCCGAAGUCCCUUCGGCUCAUCAAGAGCCUGGGCCAACAUCGAUGGCGACGUCUACAUCCUGCCAUGAGUCGGUAUACCCCGGUUACCAUCUUGUCUGA